CUUCGGCUUUUGUUUAAAUACAAUUGGUUACGCUCAAUAUUUCCGGAGUUAUUUUUUUUUUUACUUUUUGCAGAUCAAUGCUGACCUAAAUUAUACCAGAUGCAUAAAAAUGGAGAAAAUUGGCGUCAUCGCGGUGACUAGCUUAUUGAUGAGCGCCAUAACGAUUCAGUUUGUUGUGGUCUACACCGUGACGAAUUUCUUCAUUGAAAAAGAAUGCAAUUGGUGGAUAAUGUUAAUAUACAACUCGUACUACGUGGCCUACAGUCUCGGUCUGCUGGUGCUGCUGCAGUGGGGCUUCGUUGCUUUAGCUGUUCACGGCGCCUCGGCUUCGGUCAACCAGCACCUAGAGCGACUGCACCACGGUGAAUAUUUUUCUUUAGUCGGUAGUGGGGCUUCAUCGGUUCAGCUGUGCACGGGGCCGUAGCUACAGUCAACCAGCACCUACUGCGACUGUACCACGGUGACUAUUUUUCUAUAGUCGGUAGUGGGGCUUCAUCGGUUCAGCUGUGCACGGGGCCGUAGCUACAGUCAACCAGCACCUACUGCGACUGCACCACGGUGACUAUUUUUCUAAAGUCUGCAGUGGAACUUCGUCGGUUCAGCUGUGCUGUUUUAGAUUUAAUUACGUAUUGAACUAGUGGACCAUACUAGUAGU